GCUUUUUGUCCUACACGACCUGAACGCAUCGUCAACUCGCUCUGCCGCAACAAUGGCCACUAGCUGUCAGAUGUGGCGACCGGACAGAGGACGGUGCUUCAAAACCUACGGAAUUGUUACCGUUUUGUUUAUGGACCUGGUCUUACAAUGUGUUAACGGGUACCUGAGCUCUCCUCAUGUUGGCCACGAGCUCUCCAACACCAGGGAUGCUCACCAUGGACCCGUCAUCACCAGCCCGGUGGUCCCUGCUGCAGCCUCAGCAUCUCCUGCUGUUGAAGAGAGCUACAGCUCCAAGUGUCCUAGCGGGGGACUGUGUAGUCGCCUGCCAGCUGAUUGCAUGCUCUGCAAUUACCAUCACAACUGCACCUACAGGAAACCAGCCAACUUCACUUGUAAACCCAAAGAGGGGGUUCACUGUAUAGGUGAGUCAGGACAGCAGCAGACCAACUUCUCUCUCACCAUCAGCUGUCAGUUCUGCUGGCAGCUGGACCCGUCCCAGUAUCGCUGCUCUAACUCUACCAACUGUAUGACGGUGUCCUGCCCACGCAAGCGCUACAACGCCACCUGUGACGUUCUAGACCAUGUGCAUUGUUUAGGUAAGAGACGCUUUCAGAAACGAUUAUUCUGCAACUGGACUGGUGGAUACAAAUGGUCGACAGCAUUAGCGCUCAGCAUUACGCUUGGUGGUUUCGGAGCAGAUCGGUUUUAUCUGGGCCAGUGGAGAGAGGGUCUGGGCAAACUCUUCAGCUUUGGAGGCCUGGGCAUUUGGACUUUGAUAGAUGUUCUUCUGAUAGGAGUCGGUUAUGUGGGACCCGCUGACGGUUCGCUCUACAUCUGAGGCAAAGCUCUGGAGACGUGGCUGGAUGGCGUCGUGCCCUCUUCCGCCUCACACCGCUUCGCUCUCCAAGAUAGAAUAUCUGAGAUACCGUGGUUCAUAGCACGUUUGCCUGCCCAAGCUCACUGUGCAACACGUCCUCAUCCCAUCUGCUAACAGGCAGGAAGUGUUGUCUUCAUUACACCAACGAUGACUCUACCCACACAACCAUCAGAUCAAUCCCAAUCACUCUGCCGCCGUCUCCUGUUGAGAUUCUGCAGAUGGAGCUGUGCAGGGCGACGAGAAGCCAGUAAUUACGUCUUUCUAGUCGGUUUGACUUAACUGGUGGUUUGGCUCCGUCAUGCUGAUAUAUAGAUAGGUUUGGUUUCCUGUGGAGCGGUGCUUUCACAGACAUCCUGUCAUCUGGGAGCCGUGCAGCUUUCCCCUUUAUCGCAAGGUAAAUGAAUUAUUUGGGGUCAGAUGGUUACCAUGGCUACGUAGCUUUUUAUGGUGGCACUAGACAAUAGACAAUAGAGAGGUUUUAUAUAUGUAUAUGAAAUAAGCAUGAAAAUGUGCUGGGGUUCUCACUGACAACAGAUAGCUGUUCUUGUGGAUGAUUCCAACUGUUUUUACUUUAUUUUGUCUGUACGUUGAGUCAACUGUGCAGGCUUACUGAGGUCAAUAUACAUGACACAUUACUUUACAAAAGUUCAGUCAAAUGUUGGAAAUUAAAAGUUUGCUGUUAAUGCUCACGUGUUAUACAGACAGAUGCACAACAGCUGCUGCAUGUGGAAACUGAAGCUGGUAGAGAAACAGGAAGAAGUGCAGGUGAAACUGGUUUCUGUCAUCUUUCACUGUAACGUGUAGUCAGAUAUUUUGCCAAAUGCACAGUUAAUAAUCUCUCACCGUCUCAUGUUUGUGUAUAAAAAAAACACUGCGACACUUAAAAUGCAUUGCACUAGCAAACUGCAGUUACUCGUGGUUUCCUGUGUUGGAGAUACUGGAGAUAUCCUGUGAAUGCAGCUGAUAUUUUUCCUCAAACAUCAUCAUUCUUCACAUCUUUAAAAAAAAAAAAAAAAAGAUCUCCACGUUCGAACGCUGUAAGAUUUUUGCACUCAUCUCUCACUUCAUGUAAAUAUUUUCUGUUUUCAGUGUCGGGUCAUUUUAAUCUGUUGGAACACUGUAAAUGACAUUUUUUAAGUUAUGUAAAUAAAAUUGUGAAAUAUCA